CCUCCCAUGCUUUGCUGACUGCAUUUGGCGCUGAGUAAUCAGUUCUUUUGAACCUGAAGUCAUUUCUAUUCUUCCACAUUCUCCAAAGCAGCCAAGGAACCAGGUGAUCAUGUACUUUUUCAGUAGGAUCUUGAUGUUUCAGGUUCACCAAACGAAACAGAUUUGUUGAUUUGUUGGAUGUGACAUUUCCCCAUUUGGAGGAGCAUGAAUCGGAGACAUAGCCCAGAUAACCUAGCAUAUGGACACAUGAAGAGAAUACGAUUUACCGUUUCAUUGUCCAUAGAGCAUAUCCACAGCUUCCAUCUUUGGCUGUAUGUCUGCUCACAAAAGUACAUUUCAUGUCUCGGAAUAUUCUCGUUGCAAAUACUUGAAAACCAUUCCAGUCUAUAUAUUGAACAAGCAUCAAUAACUACCAAUAGGAACCGUCCAAAUAGAGUGGCUCGUAGGCUUGGCUGGACCAAAAGGUAAAUUAAGAAGAGGGCUAUACAAGUAGACAUGUGGCUUUCCACGAUUAGUUAGCAGAUUCACGUCAACGGAAACUCCACGAGGGUACUUUGGGUAAUUUACGGGAAUGGAUAAUGAGAAAGAGAGAAUAUGCUGGAUCUCCCCCAAUUAGAGUAAACCCUAAUCGUUCUGUUUCGAUAGCUUUCUUUCUUUCUCUCUCUCUCUCUCGAAGCGGAUCAGAUCAGGAACUUGCCUAGUGUGAGGAUUCUUCUUGGUACUCCGGCGAAGAGAGACGUAGAUCGGACAUGGCGACUGAUAACACAGGCGCGAAAUCGAGCUCCUCCGGUGCCGAUUCUUACGUAGGGAGCUUGAUUAGCUUGACAUCCAAGAGCGAGAUCAGAUACGAAGGCAUCCUUUACAACAUCAAUACCGAUGAAUCCAGUAUCGGACUCCAGAACGUCCGAUCGUUUGGAACCGAAGGAAGGAAGAAAGAUGGUCCUCAAGUUCCUCCUAGUGACAAAGUUUAUGAGUACAUAUUGUUCCGUGGAACCGAUAUCAAGGAUUUGCAAGUCAAAGCCUCUCCACCUGUACAACCUCCAGCUCCACCUACUAUAAACAAUGACCCUGCUAUCAUCCAGUCUCACUACCCUAGCCCUAUGCCUACAUCGAGUAGCUUGCCUCCUGCAGCGAGCAAUCCUCUGCCUGACAUUAGUUCUCAUAAUGGACAACCUGGGAUGGGAUUCCAAAACUCAAUGCCUUUGUAUCAGCCUGGUGGAAAUCUUAAUUCUUGGGGAGCAUCGCCACAACCGCCAAUGUAUUGGCAAGGAUUCUACUCACCACCUCCCAAUGGUCUUCCCCAGUUGCAUCAACAGUCUCUGAUUCGACCCCCUCAUGGACUGCCAAUGCCCAGCUCUCUACAGCAACCCUUGCAAUAUCCUAACUUUAAUGCCCCUACACCUGCUGGUUCAUCAACUUUUCAGGGCUCAAGCUUGCCGGAACCACCCUCUUCAUUGUUUCCUUUUAGCAGUAGUUCUCAAAGUCCAGCACCCAGUUCUUUGCCUUUUACUAGUCUACCUAUGACGCUGUCUUCAGGCCUGCAAUCAGCACCAUCUCCUUCCCUAGCUUCAGAUAUGGCACCUCCUUUGUUUUCGAACAAGGCUCCUAUUUCUGUGCCUCCUGCCCGUCCUCAGGAUACUAAUUUGCUUCCCUUUUCUGUACCAAGUACUAGAGUUACCGAUACAAGUGCUGGCCUUCCACUGUCUGACAAGCCUAGUGUAGUUACUGGUCCCAUUUCUGUACCGCAGACAGCACAAUUAACAUCUGGUCCUGUUGCUGGUGUUUCUAGUUCCGUUAGUCAAGAUCAGCCAAAACCUGUAUUGGUUACUCCUGGCCAACUGCUGCAGUCUGGAUCUGCUGCAGUUUCUUUGUCACCACCCUCUAACAACGUGGAUAAAGAUGUUGAGGUGGUUCAGGCAUCAUCAUCAGCUAGGUUGGAACAAUCUGCUCCAGUUACAUCAGAAGCACAACCUCCAAUACUGCCAUUGCCUUCAUCUGCAAGGCAAACUCAGCCAAAUGGGCAUUCGUACCAAACCCAUAAUGGUUACAGAGGACGAGGUAGAGGAAGAGGAAGAGGAGCAGGGAGAUCACACCAGGUGAUGAAAUUCACUGAAGAUUUUGAUUUCACGGCUAUGAAUGAAAAGUUCAAUAAGGAUGAAGUAUGGGGUCAUCUUGGUAAGAGUACUAAUGAUGAUGGUGAUGAUGAUUCUCCAAUCGUAGAGGAUUCUGAGCUGCCAAAGAUCGAGGUCAAACCUGUUUACAACAAAGACGACUUUUUCGAUAGCCUCUCAUCAAAUACCAAUGACAGAGAUUCCCAAAAUGCAAGGCCAAGGUUCUCAGAACUACGGAAACUAGAUACUGAGACAUUUGGUGAGUUCUCAAGAUUUAGAGGAGGCCGGGGAGGGCGUGGUGGUUAUGGUCGGAACGGUCAUUCACGUGGUGGUUAUGGUGGGCGUAGCUAUGGCGGCUAUAAUGGACGCGGUGGUGGUGGCGGCGGCUAUAAUGGAUAUGGUGGUCGUGGCCAAGGGAGAGGAGGUGUAUCAAAUCGUUCUUCCUAAAAAUUGUACUAAAAAGGUUCUCUAGUGACUCGAAUCCGAUGGAGCUCAUCAUAUGCUUUUGAGUGCUUUUGGUAUAUUACAAUAAAACAAAACUCGAGUCUUAUGUAAUACUUCUCCUUGUUAAAACCUCCCUUGUGUGGGUUUCGAAUGUCCCAAAUUGAUUUCGGAUCUUUGUCUAAAGUUUGGUAAUACCGUUCGUUCUUCAGUAUUCAAUGUCAUUUUGUAGACUUGACAUUUUGUAAAAUGCAUUUUCUUAUUGCUUUUGUGAGAA